CGGGUAGCCCAGCUGUCUGAGAAGAAGCGGGUCGAGGUGGAGGCGGCGCUAUGGGAGGCUAGGCCGGAGGCCACCGAAGCCUCCCGGGCCGAGUACGCUGAAGCUCGGCCGGCUGGCCAGGAGCAACGCGGAACUGCUGUGACGGCGGCAGGACUAGGGAAGGGAAGCGGCGGCCGCUAUGGCCUGCCUCACGAAGCCGGGCCAGGAGAAGGCGGAGGAGAUUGAAAAACAGAAGCAGGAGCUGACUGAUUUGAAACAGCAAGUGCAAAAUGACAAGAAGAUGGCAGACUAUUAUGCCUAACAGAAAAACAACUGGAAAUGUCAGAAAAAAACAAGAGAAAUUGGGCAAAUUAAAUUAGAACUGAAAUUAAUAAGGGAGUUCUAUAGGGGACAAGCGGCUAUUGAGGAAGAGCUGGAAGAUAAAAGACUGGAAGAAAAAGUUGAGAAAAAGCAAACAAUGAUGGCAGAGACUGCCCAGCGUGAUACUUAUUCAUAAGAAAUACUUGCUUUUCCUAGAGAGGUAUUUAAGGUGGAUGUUUGUCUUCACAGUGGAUUUGCUUACCAGCUGAAAGGAACAGUGGAAUUGGAGAAAAGCAAACAGAAGUUAGAAGAGGACAAAAGUCUUCUGUUACGGGAGAAGAUUUCUGCUCUGGAAACCACUGAGGCUUUGAUUCAAAAAACGAUCCUACAGAUCAAUUGUCAGAAAGCACAGAUUGGAGAUCUGCAGAGUAAAGUAGAAAAGCUGGAGAUGGACUUAUGUCAUGUGACCACAGAAUCUGAGGUAGAGACUCAGAAAAUACAGCAUCAGGCACUGAUACAAAACCAGGCAAGCAUGGUCGAGAUCAAGAAGCUGCAGCAACUACUAGAAAUGAAGGAUCAGGAGAUGAACCAAGUGAAGGAACUAGCCCAGAAUAUCUUAAAUGAGAGGACCACUGUGGAAAGGUUCUUCCUAGAUGCUCUGGAACAUGUGAAGCAGGAGAUCAUAUCCAGUAUAAGAAAUAUAUAUAUCCAGCAGUAUAAGAAAAAGGCCCAAAGUGCCUAUUACAGAAAAAUGAUGGAGGCAUGUGCAGGGAAGGAAGAAUUUCCCAAAAUCAAAACAUUCAAAAGCAACAUAAAUAGCACAAACUGUGUGUACAGAGACCUAGAAGAAGAAAAUAAAUGGUAUUGGGAAAAAAUGCAGUUUGAAAAAGUGGAUAUCAGUGAGUUGACAUGGGAGCAAAAAGAACAUGUUCUAUGAUUGCUUUUUGCCAAAAUGAAUGGCACAAAUCCAUGGUAAUAUUCUGUUUCUUGAGUAGGUGAAUGCUGAUCUUUCUCUGUUAGAGGAGCUGAGCUAGUAUCUCCAGGUCAGGGAUUCCCAGAAACUCUGAAUCUAGCAUAAGAAUCUAGUUAACUGUGAGGUGUGGUGUGAGACACAUUAAGUUUUUUAAAAAGGUGAUUUAACCUUUUGAAAAAGGUGAUAUACCAUAUAAUAAUUUUGGACAUGCACCAGGCAACACUGUUAGACCUUUGUGUGUAAUAGCAAAAGAAAAGCAAGCAGAAGCUAAUUUUGGUAGUGCUGAGGAAGAGAGAAGUAAGGAGAAUUAACUUUGCUUGCUGCAGUGGGGUUAAUUUUGUUCAGACAUUAAUGAAACCCAGUCCAUCUUUACCAAACAAGUACAUAAUGUAUAUUGUGACACUAGCACUCCUCCACAUAUAUUUCCUUUUAGUAGGUUGUAAAGCAAACU